UCCAUCCCAGAAUUGGCAGCUCGAAUCCAGACCGGGGAGCUUUCCUCUGAGGAAUAGUUUCUCCCCCCCCCCCCCCCCCGGGGAGGACCUCAGCCGAUUCCCCCGCCUCUUCCUUGGACAAGAGCUGGAAGUUCAAGAGCAACAGAUGGGCUGCUCAUAGCCUUUCUGCCCAUUAAUUUUGGUGUAUGCUUGGUCACUGCGACUCCUACCCCAUAUAUCUGCUGAGAUGGGGGAGACGAAACAGGAGGGACGAGGAGGCAGUAGACCACUGAGUCCCUCCUGCUCAGAUGACACUCCACGUACCCCCCCAAUACUCCCCCUUCCUCUCCCUGCUGCAGUCGGAGCAGGGCAGCUGGGAUCUGAUGAUGAGGAACAAGAGGACCCCCGAGAUUACUGCCGAGGUGGGUAUUAUCCAGUAAAGAUUGGGGACCUGUUCAACGGGCGCUACCAUGUGGUGCGGAAACUCGGCUGGGGCCACUUUUCUACUGUCUGGCUUUGUUGGGACAUUCAGCGCAAGCGUUUUGUUGCCCUCAAAGUGGUGAAGAGCGCUGUGCACUAUACGGAGACCGCUGUGGAUGAGAUAAAGCUGCUGAAAUGCGUGCGGGACUCCGAUCCCAGUGACCCCAAGCGCGAGAACAUUGUCCAACUGAUCGAUGACUUCAAGAUCUCAGGGAUCAAUGGUGUCCAUGUCUGCAUGGUCCUUGAAGUUUUAGGGCACCAGCUGUUGAAAUGGAUCAUCAAAUCCAACUACCAAGGGCUUCCUAUACCCUGUGUUAAGAGCAUCCUACGACAGGUAUUGCAGGGCCUCGACUACCUCCACACGAAGUGCAAAAUAAUCCACACAGACAUAAAGCCGGAGAACAUCCUGCUGUGUGUAGACGAGAGUUAUGUGCGGCGCCUGGCAGCUGAGGCCACCCUUUGGCAACAGGCUGGUGACCCACCCCCCUCUGGCUCUGCAGUCAGCUCUGCACCCCAGGAAAGCCUGAACGGGAAGCUUUCGAAGAACAAGAGGAAGAAACUGAAGAGGAAGCAGAAGCGGCAGAGUCAGCUCCUGGCUGAACGCCUUCGGGACCUUCAGCAACUGGAGGAACGGGCAGCGGGUGAUGCCAGCGAGACCACGCUGACCCCAGACCUGCAUGAUGGAGCCCCCAUCUUGGUCUCCACAGUUGAAGGGGCCGAGCCCUUGGGGGGGUCUCUGGCCUGCAGCCCCCAGAGCUUGACAUCAUCCUCUGGUUUCUACACGCACAAUGCCUAUGACAGCUGCAAUGGGCAUUCUCCGCCGGGCACAGCCAGCCGCCAUUUCAGCCCUGACUCGGCAACCUCAGGCUUCUCAGGGUCCCUCUUCUCUGGCUCAGCCAUGUCGGGUGUUUCUAACCAGCGGGAGCGUGGAGGGCUUCUCUCCCCCAGCACGUUUGGUACCUCUGAAUUCCUGGUGAAUCCCUUGGAACCCCAAAAUGCAGACAAGAUCAGAGUGAAGAUAGCAGAUCUCGGCAAUGCCUGCUGGGUGCACAAACAUUUCACAGAGGACAUUCAGACGCGCCAGUAUCGGGCGCUGGAGGUCCUAAUUGGUGCCAUCUAUGGCACUCCGGCUGAUAUCUGGAGUAUGGCAUGUAUGGCGUUUGAGCUGGCAACUGGCGAUUACCUUUUUGAACCACACUCUGGCGAAGAUUAUACCAGGGAUGAAGAUCAUAUUGCCCACAUUGUCGAGCUGCUGGGUGAUAUCCCUCCGCACUUUGCUCUUUCGGGGCGCUAUUCGCGGGAGUACUUCAAUCGGCGAGGGGAACUGCGCCACAUUAAGAACCUGAAGCACUGGGGCUUGUAUGAGGUCCUGGUGGAGAAAUACGAGUGGCCCCUUGAGCAAGCGGCCCAGUUCACGGACUUCCUCUUGCCCAUGAUGGAAUUCAUCCCAGAAGAGCGCGCCACAGCCGCCCAGUGUCUGGAGCACCAGUGGCUCAACUCCUAGGGCCAAACGUGGCCCAGACAGACCGUUUGCUGAAGUAAGGGGACGCUAGCCCACGUGGAUUACCCUGGCACAGCACCUAGUCCUGUCCCUGGAGCAGAGGGAGGCGGUUUUUGUUCUCCCCCUAGUUCUUCCCCCUAAAU